CCUCAUGUGACCAGGCGGCGUUGACGUUGCCGGCUCAGUCUCCGCGCCCACCCGGCUAGUGGCGCCGCCUGCCCUCAUCCAAGAUGGCGUUUACAUUUGCGGCCUUUUGUUACAUGUUGGCGCUGCUCCUCACCGCCGCUCUCAUAUUCUUUGCCAUUUGGCAUAUUAUAGCAUUUGACGAAUUGAAGACUGACUACAAGAAUCCUAUAGACCAAUGUAAUACACUCAAUCCUCUGGUACUUCCCGAGUACCUCAUCCAUGCCUUCUUCUGUGUCAUGUUUCUCUGUGCAUCUGAAUGGCUUACACUUGGUCUCAAUAUGCCAUUGCUGGGCUAUCAUAUUUGGAGGUACAUGACCAGGCCAGUGAUGAGCGUUCCAGGCCUUUAUGAUCCAACCACUAUUAUGAAUGCUGAUAUAUUAGCAUACUGUCAAAAGGAAGGGUGGUGCAAACUAGCAUUUUACCUGUUGUCCUUCUUUUACUACCUAUAUGGAAUGAUCUAUGUGCUGGUGAGUUCUUAAGUAAGUUCUAAGAUCCAAUGAAGUUGUGCACUCCACGAAGGAAACAAAAGGAUGAUGGUGGUUUUCCGAGAACUUGAGUUCAUCAACAUAACUUGUAACUCAUCAGAUCUGACGUGCUUUCAUAUAUGCAGAUUAAAUGCUUUCCCUCUCGUUUCAUGAACUUUUUGCCUCCAGAGUUCAUAAUUUUUUGCCCGCACAGGAUUUCUUUAAUUUGUCUUGGCCCAGAAGUCUGAAUUAUGUUUGAACUUGUGUAUGAAAAUAUAUUAUUGCAAGAUUACGUUUUCAACAUAAAAUUGAAACUGCACUCUUAUAUGAUGUAAUUUAGAAAUAAUCUGGGUAUAUUAUGUAAUACAAAAUUAUGUAACUAAGCCAAAAUGUUUGAAAAAUGUGACUAGUUCAAACAGAUAAUGGAAAAUUGGAUAUCCAAAUAUUCUGUUUGAAUAGUUAAAUCUCAUAGCAUACCAGUUUGUUUUAGUGAAUUUAACUUUUAGUUGUUCACACUGUGGACAGAAUUUAUCUUAAAAUGGCUUGAUAUUGUACUCGCCGGAGCGAUGACAGAUGUAACCAAUGACAGUCAUGUUUUGCAUGGGAAAGUAUCCAUUUAUGUAAAAACUUUAAUUUGAAAAUUCUGUAAAGUGUCAUUUUAAGUAAAGUUUUUUUUUGGAAAUGGUGUUAAGCCGUUUUAACUCCGGUGUCAGUGCCAAAAUACUCCAUUGAUUUGAGCUAUAUGUGUAGUCAAAGUUGAACUAUAGUAGGACAUAAUAAAUUUGAGUCUCGUA